AUGGGUUCCCUCCGGAUUUUCUUGUUUCUCUUAUUGAUCGGUAAGCAAAAAUUUCAAUUUUAGGGAUUUUGAUCGCUGAUUUUGUAGAUUGCAAUGCGCAGAAAUUGGAACUGCACAAUAAAGAAAAACUGGCUAAAGUGCUAGAGUAAGUGAAAUCAGGGUAACCACACACAAAAUAGGGAUAUCCGAGCCAAAAUAAUAUCAGAUGAUGAUGCGGAAACGGUAGAAGGCAGUGGAUUUGGCCCAGAUGAGCAGUUCGUAGCCAAUCUGGUGGUGAGGCCCGGGUUUCCAGUUAGCCAACACAAACCUAAACUUGAGUUUAUGCCUCAUUUUGAACACGAAAACUUUGAAUUCAUGGUGCCUGAAGGGAUCUCCGAAAAGUCAAGUGUCAUGGCCAUCCUUCCGUUUUAUUCAAUACUGGAUUCCGCGAUUCCUGAAUUCAGAUUGAAGGGGAAUGGAAGUGAAUAUUUGGAGAUUGACGAUCUUACCGUAACUCAGGCAUGUAAUCAAUUAUGGUAAUUUAAAAUUUGUUAAGUACAGACCGAUAAUUAUGCGUUGGUCGAAGUGCCCAUCAUAAAGAAGAGAGGAAUCAACUUCCCUUACGGAAAUGGUUCUUAUUCUUUGUGGAUUACGGUACGUGACAUCACAUUGAUUAAUAUAUAGACAGGCAACUCAACGGGGAAUGGAGAACAAAGCAAAGCUUUUGAUCGAAGUGAUUCCAGCCACUGGGAUCGAGUUUCUUUCAAUUCGUCCGGGCUCUUUGGAACUGGCCGAAGGCGAAGAAUAUUCGGAUGAUAUCGUUGGAAGUGGGAAAGUACCAGAGAAUCUAAAACAAGGCCCGCCUGGUAAUCAGCAUUUUUCUCUUACAAGGGCUCGGCAAAACCUCGUCCCCUGGUUUCUUCUUGAAACAUACACCAUUUGAAAGAGCGCAAAAAAUUGGUCUAGGAUCGCCUUUAAUUAGCUGCUAAGAUUCACUUACGUGCCAGCUAGCGAACUUUUUUUCAAAAUUCCCAGUUAGACUUUGGGAACCUUUUCUUCUGAGACGCCAACGAGAUCGAAUAAUCACUUUCCAUACAAAUAUUAGUCACCUAUGACAUUGGACGCUUCAAUUACGAUCAAAAAACAUAAAGUUUUUUCCGAGCUUGAAACUCUCAGGUCGAUGCCCUCAACGAGUGAUUAGGCGAUGCUUUAGGUCUUGUAACCCGAGACAUACUAGGAGGUUUCAAACAUGUAUACCGUUUUCAGGCUCGUUUUUCACGUACUGUCCGUAAAUGGGCAUUCCUGGCAAAAAAUACUAAAGCCGUUGAAAGUUUCAACCAUCUUGGGUGCCCACUGCAAGGUCAAAGACGCUUAUAUCACAAAAAAUUAAAAAACCUGUCGAUUUUUCUAGUAAAACUAAUCUAGGGCAUCCCAAAGAUCAAUUUAAAAUUAAAGACUACAUGUUAGCCUUCUUCAUUGCAUAAUAGCCAAAAAAAUCCGAAAAUUCAAAAGAGGAUUCGAACCUGGUCCGCAGGUCCCCCUUGUAGAGCGCCUUACCCCACUAGGCCACCGAAGCACUGCCUCUCCGUGCUUUUGAAAUCGAUUUCUUUUGUUUUCUUGAAAAAAGGGUGAGACUGGCUUAGAACUUAAAAAUGCUCGCUAGCUAGUAUGUAAGAGAAUCUUAGCAGCUAAUUAAAGGUGAUCCUAGACCAGUUUUUUGCGCUCUUUCAAAUGGUGUAUGUUUCAAGAAGAAACCAGGGGACGAGGUUUUGCCGAGCCCUUGUUAGGGGUAGUGUAAAAUUGAUUUUUUAGAAUUGGAGAUUUUGGUUAACGGAGCCAAGGAUGGGAUCUUCUCCAUCUCCGAAAGUCUCCCUCGUUUUACUAAAAUUCCUAACAUCGAUAUCCAAGUCCACUUAAAGGAUCGUUCCACUGUGCAGGAUUACAUUGAACUGUCCAUCGAGCCCAGUGAUCUCUUUGCUCCUCGGCCUCAGAUUGUCUCUCCAGGGGAGCCAGUCCAAUUGGUCGUUUUAGAUGCUAAUUUGCUCGAUUUCGAAGUUAAACCGUCUGAAUUAACGUUCAAAUUAAAUGCUCGAUUGAGAGGCAAAUGGAAGGAAAUCAGUCAAAAGUCAGUGAUUCUGAAGGCCGAGAAGGUUGAUGAAUCCGAUCAGGCUCCCGUCUUCGAAAAGGAACAUUAUUUGUUUGUUAUCAAUACCGCUUAUGGCAAUAAUGUGGAGAUCGGAGAGAUCAAGGCUUCGGAUCCAGAUUCAUCUCAGAACAUACAGUAUUCUCUGCUAGGGGAAGGGAGCUCGAAGUAUGAUAAAAUUGAGAAAAAACGAAUGUUAUUUUAGCUUCAAACUUGAGAACGGAGUGUUGAUUAUUGACUGUGGAAUGGCGGAGAAAUGUUUCGAUCAGGAAAAGGAGUACCAUUUCUUGGCAAUGGCCGUUGAUCAAAGUAAGUGUAAAGUAAUUUCAGUGAUACUGCAUCUGACCCAAACACACCUUUUGCACAAUGUAGUUUUGUUUUUUUUGUACGAUGCAAAAUUUUCAGGACUUUUUGUGUUGGGCAGUACACUACUAGUCGUUCCAGAAAGUGCGUAGACUUUUUUCCGCGUCCCGACAUUUCGGGUCAGGGACAACUCGGGUCGCGACACUUCGGGUCAACGACAUUUCGGGUCAACGAUACCGUUUAAUAUUUUCGCUUCGGGACUGGGAAAAAUUUUUUGGUGGAUUUGAAAAUUUUUUGAAAUGUUUUCGCUUCGGGACUUGGGAAAAAGGACUUUUUGAAGAAUUGAGGUUUAUUUUUUAACUUUUUUUUAGUCCAAUAUAGCACCAGUAUGAAGUCGUUUGCAAUUUAUUCAUUGACUUAAUCACGUUUGGGGUGAUAUUCUUGAUUUUCCCAACUACAACGAACAAAACAAGUAAUUUAACAAUGAAAGUUUUUGCACUAGCGACGUGCACUUUUUUGUCGCGCGCGACAAAGUCGAAUUUGCGCGAGCGACAUCGAAACUCCGAAAUUUCGCACGGUGCGAAAAUUGUCCGCACUUUCGAGCGCGAGUAGUAAUAAAACAUUUUUUAGCUGGAAGAACCUCGAAACCUGCCUCUAUUGCCAUCAAAAUCGAGUCCACAUUGGCUGACGAAUGUUAUAUCGAAACGUCUCGUAAAGAGCUCACAGUUAAGAAUGGGCAUCUAAUCACUCCAUUUAACUUCAUUGUAAACAAUCUCAGAAGAAAUUCCAUACCCAAAUUUGAUGUGAAAUUGGAGGGAAAGGGCUCCAAAUAUUUUGAGAUCGAAAAGUUGACGCGGAGGCUCCACAAUUUGAAGUUAACCGACGACAUCCCGGCUGGAACUUAUGUCAUCGACAUUAUUUUAAGUCAACAGUCUGGAAAACAACGAACAAAAAUUACCGUAACCUCAAGUACCGAGAAGAAGAUUGAAUUUGAGCAGAAAAAGUAUUCGAUUAAUUUAAAAGACCAGCUAAUUCAUCGAGGACAGACGAUAGUUAAUAUAAAGACUAAGGGAAAACAUCAAAAGGGAGUCAGAUACGUGAUAAGGGGUUCCAAUCACUGGAUCAAUUUGAAUACGAAGACGGGAGAAAUUACCGUAGCCAAUGUACCAGAGUAAGAAAAGAUUGGAAUACUUUUAAAAACAUUAUUUUAGAGAAGAUCAGAAUGUAAAUUUUAAAGUUGUUGCUUAUAAUAAGAAGACCGGGAGAGUACUUGACGAAGCUACAGUAACCCUACAAUACGAAGCGGAAAAAGUUAAAACAUCUCAAGUUCCAAAAUCACGAGUGUUGUAUUACAAUAGUGGUAAGUAAGGCUCACAACUUUGUUACUUUUUAGAUGGCAUAAAGUUUAAAAAAGAGAAAGGAUUAAAGACUCGGAAGAUUGUCGGAUACACCCACAAUCAACGGGAAGUGGUCGUAUCCAACGGGAGCUACAAUGGAGACCCUCAGGGCGAGAUGUAUAUCUCCAAUGACAUGCUAAAGUCAUUCCUUUUUAUGCAAAUUUUCUUUAUCAGUUCGGAUAAUAGCGCAGGUAAGAAAAAAAAUUUUGUUUGAUGUCAGUCUUGAUUAUUCUUUUCAGUAGUGUACUCUCUGCUGAAUAAGAAUUCAGAAGUCCAUCAGAAACCUGUCUUUGGAUAUCCCUGGACAUCAGAUUUCGAUGAAAUAAAAGUCAAAAUAACUGAUGAAGGCCACGAUUUUAUCUGUCUUCCAUGCAUUCACAAUGGCAACGUCAUUGAUAACGUGACAUUAGAAGCCGAUCAGAAUGUGAUUUAUAACAAAACCAAUGGUAAUUGUCUCAUCUUUAGACUUGCUCAAUCUAUGUACGGGUGGUCCAGCUAAGUUCGCGGAUGUAAAAUGCUUAUAACUUUUUAUAGGAUUGUUCAAUUUUUAUGAGCAAUAGCUCAUUUUAUUCCUUAGUAGUUGCCAUUUUGUUUAAAAAAAAGACCAUUACAAACGAUCAAUCCUACGUCGAGUUAUGACCCUUCAAAGUCAAACAUGCUUUUUGACGUAAAUUUUUAAAAAAAUUUAAUUUUCAAAAAUUUUUGAAUUCUCUCUUGACCAGGUCACUCCUUGACCAGGUUUUUCCAGGUCGUUGGAUGGGCCGGGGAUCUGCGCGGCAACCAGCUCCUAUUGCUUGGUCCCCACGUUCACCUGAUCUAACUUCGCUAGAUUUCUCCAUUUGGGGGUUCUUAAAACAGCGGAUUUUCAUCAGGGAUUGGCGCCCAAAGACGUGGAAUUGAAGCGCGUAAUCGAAGAAGAGGUGGAACGAGUUCGCCAGGAUGAACAAAUGAGGCGCCAAAUUAUGGAAGAAUACCAAAGACAGGCAAAAUUGGGCCAAUUUUGAAUAGCUGGGAUCACUCUGUUCACCAUCAUUUCCCGGUAACAGCGAGCGGUGACACCGCAAUUCAAAAAUUUUUGAAAAUUAAAUUUUUUUAAAAAUUUACGUGAAAAAGCAUGUUUGACUUUGAAGGGUCAUAACUCGACGUAGGAUUGAUCGUUUUUAAUGGUCUUUUUUUAAACAAAAUGGCAACUACUAAGGAAUAAAAUGAGCUAUCGCUCAUAAAAAUUGAACAAUCCUAUAAAAAGUUAUAAGCAUUUUACAUCCGCGAACUUAGCUGGACCACCCUGUAUUAUUACAUUUAACUUAAUGUCAAUUUAAUUUUUUAAGGCUGUCUUAGUGUGGUUUCAAGAAUAACUGAAGAACAACAAAUACUAUUAGAAUGUUGGAGGAAUGGAGAAAGAACACUGGCCAUGAUCGGAAUCGCCCCAGCGUCAAAAAUAUUACCCUUUGACCUUCCUUUGAAGUCUGUUUCCAUUGAAGAAAAUAUGGGACCGAAUACAGUAAUUGCAAUUUAUUCGAUUAAAGAUGCUCUCAAAUACAUGUACAAGAUCUCGGGAGAAGAUUCGGACUUCUUUGAGAUCCAAUUAACCGAGUCUGAAGUCAUCAUCAAGACCAAUCAUAAGGUGGAUGUGGACUACGAGACAAUUAAAUCAAUUACAUUAUUUGUUACAGUAUCCGAUCAAGAAGAAAACAGCAAAAUUGGAGUUGUAAGUCGAGAAAAGAACUAUAAAUAAUUCGAAUUUAGUUGCAAAUAAAUGUAAUCAAUCAGAAUGAUAAUUAUCCAGUAAUGACGUCAUCACCCAAGGUCAUUAAUGUUUACGAUCACUGGGAUAAAAAUGUAACCGUGGGAUUAAUAAAAGCCUCGGAUUUGGAUGAUGGGGACUAUGGAAGAUUGGAAUACACAAUGUUGGAACCAGUUUUACCAUUCUUGGAUAUUGACCAUGAGAAUGGGAUCAUAAAAACAUCGGAUUCUCUGGAGAAAUUUUCUCGGGAAGAGCCUUACCAAUUAUCAGUGAAGGUCGCUGACCACGGGUCUCCUGCCAAGAGUGCCAUUACUGACAUCCCUGUUUUUGUUCACACUCUAAUCGACUCCUUAAACAAACAAAUUCAGAUCAUUUCUCCUUCCGAAAAUUGCGUCAUCGAGAUUUCGGAGGAUGAGAAAACAAUGACAACUGUUUUUAAGGCCAAGGCCGUGUUAACAGGGAUCGAAGUUGACGAUGCCCUACUCAAAUAUUAUAUUUCUGUAAGUCUAUAAUAUGAAUUUUUGAUUGUUGAAAUAAUUGCGGGGACUUAUACAUUUUUUCCAGUCUGAAUCCGACGACUUCUCCAGUUAUUUCACGAUGGACGAAGAGACGGGAGCUAUGUCGUUGAUGAGAGCGCUGGAUUACGAGGAGUCGGCUCAUUUCACGGUAAGUGAGAGCAAUGUUUUGCAACGCCCAGAAGCGGUCCAUGUUUGCAAACAGGCUUAA